AUGGCGUCCAAGUUAGAGGAAGAUCUGAGCUGUCCGGUCUGCCUCGACAUCUUUAAAGAUCCAGUGAUGCUGUCCUGCAGCCACAGCUUCUGUAGAGAGUGUGUGAAGGACUGCUGGAAGGAGAACCAGGAGUGUCCACUCUGUAAGAGGAGACAUUUAAAUGAUAUACCUCCUAACUUUACUUUAAAGAACCUGAGUGAGAGUUUUGUGCAGGAGAGAGAUCAGAGCGCUUCAGAGGAUCUCUGCAGUCUGCACUCUGAGAAACUCAAACUCUUCUGUCUGGACCAUCAGGAGCCGGUGUGUCUCAUCUGCAGAGAUUCAGAAAAACACUCUGAGCACAGAUUCAGACCCAUCGAUGAAGCUGCUGGACAACACAAGAAGAAACUUCAGGAAACUCUGGAGCCGGUAAAGAAGAAGUUAAAUGUUUUUAAAGAAGUUAAAGUGAAGUUUGAUCAAACAGCAGAACACAUUCAGGUCCAGGCCCGACACACAGAGAGGCAGAUUAAGGAGCAGUUUCUAGAAGAGGAAGAGGAGGCCAGGCUGUGUGCACUGAGGGAGGAAGAGGAGCAGAAGAGUCAGAGGAUGAAGGAGGAGAUGGAGGCUCUGAGCAGAGAGAUAGCAGCUCUUUCACACACAGUCAGAGACACAGAGGACGAGCUGAGAGCUGAAGACGUCUCAUUCCUGAAAAACUACAAGGCUGCAGUGGAAAGAGUCCAGCAGCGCCCCCUGCUGGAGGAUCCACAGCUGCCCUCAGGAGCUCUGAUAGACCAGGCCAAACACCUGGGCAACCUGAGCUUCAACAUCUGGAACAAGAUGAAGGACAUGGUCUCCUACAGUCCGGUCAUUCUGGACCCAAACACUGCUCGUCCAGAACUCAUCCUGUCUGAAGAUCUGACCUGUGUGAGACCAGGAGAGAGACAGCAGCUUCCUGAUAAUCCAGAGAGGUUUGAUCAUCACUGGUCUGUCCUGGGCUCUGAGGGCUUUAACUCAGGGACUCACAGCUGGGACGUCCAGGUUGGAGACAAUACAUGCUGGGACCUGGGUGUGUUAGCAGAGUCUGGACAGAGGAAGGGAGUCAUACUGUCUGGAUUUUGGUUUGUAGGGUUCUAUGGUGGUGAAUACGGAGCAUGCUCCUCAUCACAUCCAGUCACUGAUCUCUCAGUGAAGAAGAAGCCUCAGAGGAUCAGAGUGAAUCUGGACUGUAACAGAGGAGAGCUGUCGUUCUCUGAUCCUGAUACUAACACACACAUACACACCUUCACACACACUUUCACUGAGAGGAUGUUUCCAUACAUUACCACUGUGGAUGAACUAAAGAUUUUACCAGAGAAGAUCUCUGUGACUGUGGAACACUAAUACAUGAUGAAGAUGAUGUUCUGAAUCUUCGUCUCUGAUUCUCUUAGGGUUGUGUGACUGCGUUGUCAUGGUGAUGAUGUUGAUGGUGAUUUGUGUGUGUGUGUGUGUGUGUGUGUGUGUGGGGGGGGAAGAAUAACAAUAUGAAGAGGAUCAAAUGUAAACUGUUUUGAAGUGACAUACUAAGAGGAACUUGAUUUUGUGUAUAGCAUCUUGUGUUUAGGGGCAGCUGUGUUGGUUAGUUUAGACUUUUUACUCCGUAUGGAGCUCCUAUCUGACCUCCUGAAUGUUAUUAUUUGGGCUGGUUCAUGUUUACCUCAUGUUCUUACUGUACUGUGCUGUCUGACGUUGGCUGGAUAUCUGAAUAUUUACUCAAUUCUCAGUUAAUGUGACUGAAAAGUUCCCACGAGGGAUUCAUAUGAAUGACCAAACCUGAAAAUCAAAUAUUCAUUCAUCCAGUCAAACUGUCUGUUACACUGAAAAUGUGUAUCAAGCUGUUGGGUUUGAUAGCAUACAUAAACAAACUGAAGCUCACCUAUCUCACCAGUUUCCUGUGUUUGAGCUGUUUGAAGGGGGGCUUUAUUUGAUCGUUUUUAAGCUCUGUGUCCCAAGUCCACACAAAUAUCUAUAAAACACUAAAGCCCCGUUUCCACCAGAUCUACAGGGUCUAAAUGUAGUUCUGGGGUAGAAGAUCUACCCUGAAAAAAACCCUACUAGGGGUUAUGUACUUUGUAAAGGUCCAGGGACUUUUGAGAACUGGGCAUGCAGCCCCUGCAGAGCUGAAUGUAACAAAAGAAACUUUUCAGACUAAGCAUGAUUUAAACAAAUGAACUAAACUAAAAA